UUACAGUUUCUUACAGUAUCUUACAGUAUCUUACUGUAAGUGUAUGAAACCUCAAAAAUCGACCAUUUACCCAUCACUGCCCUCCAGACUUCUCUUUUAGACUGUCUGGCACCCUGGACGUAUCACUAACAAAAAAUCAUGUAGUAUGAAAUAUAAUAAACUUUAUAAGUUAAUAUUUAAUAUUUCUAAGUAAAUAUAUAACUUUAUAAUUUAAUAUUUAACUAUCACAAUAAUAAUUUAUAUCAAGUUUACGACGACCUAGUAGUAAAAUAUCAAAGUUAGCGACAACUGUCAAAUUCCAGAAACGUCAAACACAACAAACAUUAUUUGAAAAAUGUUUUAAUAAUGAAGUCCAAUUUCGAGAAGUUUAGUCAAUUUUAUCAAUGUUUGUGGAUAAUAAAAUUAAUAUUACCUUUUCUAAUAAUUACUUCUCUUCAACAACCAUCAUUAGGGUAUGAUAUUAAUCAAUCAGCUUUCGAAAAUUCUUUUAAAGAAGAGGUUUCACCUUCAACUACAUUUAUAACAAGUCUAAAUCAACAACACGUUGACGAUAACAUAAAAAAUGUGUCAAAUCAAAUCAACAAUAAUCAGUUUAAAAAAAAACGUCCUGAAGAUAAUGCUGUAGUACUAGUAAAUAAAUUAAAUACUAGUAAAGAUUCUACAAAGCCCUCAUUACUGCCAUUGGAAUCUGACAAAAAAAUACACCAAAUCUACGAAGAAUCACUGAAGAUCAAAACGAACAACACUAGCAUCAAAAAUAACACAUCAAGAAUUAUUUCACACAUUAAUCAAGUUGGGUCAAGCGAGACAAACACCACAAAAUUACCACCAGUGCCAGCUGAGCCAGUUUUACCAGAUAAAGGUUCAGCUGACGAUGAACACCACAGUUCAAUGUCAAUAUUUUUCGUUCUAUGUGUUCUUGCACUCGGUAUUCUCCUCAUUCAUCUCAUGCUGCAAACAAAUUUUCAAUAUGUACCAGAAUCAAUUGUUAUUGUGGUGCUAGGUGGUGCAAUCGGUAUAAUAAUAAACAUGAUGUCACAUCAAAAUAUUGCUAAUUGGAAAAAAGAAGAAGCAUUUUCACCAACAGCAUUUUUUCUUGUAUUAUUACCGCCUAUAAUAUUUGAAUCUGGUUAUAAUUUACACAAGGGUAAUUUUUUUCAAAAUAUUGGUAGUAUAUUGGUAUUUGCAAUAAUUGGAACAGCAAUAUCAGCAUUUGUUAUUGGUACUGGUAUUUAUUUACUUGGUCUUGCGGAUGUUGCAUAUAAAUUAAGUUUUGUUGAAAGUUUUGCAUUCGGUUCACUAAUAUCAGCCGUUGAUCCAGUUGCUACUGUUGCUAUAUUCCAUGCACUUGAUGUUGAUCCAGUUUUAAAUAUGUUGGUUUUUGGCGAAUCAAUACUUAAUGAUGCCAUUGCAAUUGUAUUGACGACAUCUGUUUUAGAGUCGAAUAAUGGAUCAACAACUGGUGAAGCAAUCAUGCUAGGAAUUAAUAGAUUUUGUCUAAUGUUUUUUGCAUCAGCGGGUAUUGGUGUUGUUUCAGCAUUGAUCAGUGCAAUGCUACUCAAACAUGUUGAUUUGAGAAAAAAUCCAUCAUUAGAAUUUGGAAUUAUGUUAGUGUUUACUUACGCUCCUUAUGUUCUGGCCGAAGGAAUGCAGCUAUCAGGAAUCAUGGCUAUAUUAUUUAAUGGAAUCGUCAUGUCACAUUAUACACAUUUUAAUCUUUCUACUGUUACUCAGAUAACAAUGCAACAAACAAUGAGAACACUUGCUUUUAUUGCAGAGACCUGUGUUUUUGCUUAUCUCGGCCUAGCAUUAUUUAGCUUUAGGCAUCGUGUUGAACCGGCUCUUGUUACAUGGUCAUUGAUACUAUGUUUGAUAGGAAGAGCUGCAAAUAUAUUUCCACUUGCUAUAUUAGUCAACCGCUUUCGCGAGCAUCAAAUAACGAAAAAAAUGAUGUUUAUCAUGUGGUUCAGUGGAUUAAGAGGAGCGAUAUCAUAUGCUUUAUCAUUACAUCUUAAUUUUAGUGACGAAACACGUCAUGUUAUUAUCACAACAACUCUCAUUAUUGUUUUAUUUACUACCUUGGUAUUUGGUGGAUCAACGAUGCCUUUGUUAAAGUUUUUAAGAGCAGAAAAAAAACAAAAAAAUAACAGUAGAAGAAAAAAUAAAAAUAAGGAAGUUUCAUUAAGCAAAACAAGGGAAUGGGGACAAACAAUUGACUCGGAACAUUUGUCAGAGUUUACUGAGGAAGAAAUCGAAGUGUCAUUUAUACAGUCUAGAAUACGAGGAUUUGCGAGAUGGGAUUUAAAAUUCUUUAUUCCAUUCUUUACAAGAAGAUUUACACAGCAAGAAUUAAAAGAUUGCAAAUCACAAAUGACAGACUUAACAAAUCAAUGGUACCAAGCAAUUCGAAUAAGUCCAGUUGAAAGUGAUGAAGAAACAACUACUCAACUUCAUGUAGUACCAGAAAGACAAAAGGAUAAUUACGGAACUAGUGGAAAUAAAGGAUGCGUUAGUCACGGAAGAUUCGAGGAAUGGUCUGAUUGAGGCUUUUAACUUUAUUUUUCAUUUUACUUGUCAACUUAAGCUGCCUGCACAAAUAGACUCAGUAUUUCGUUGAAAAUAUAGAAAAUUGCACUGUAUAUAGGAAACAAAAACAAAACAACAAAAAGUUGCGUAAAGUUUGAACAGUUACUUAAUGGCAGGCCAAA